AUGCCCGGCACUGGCGGCGAGGAGGCUCUGAGGCAGCAGUACGUCCUCGGCGAGGAGAUCGGUAGCGGCCGCUUCGGGAUCGUCCACCGCUGCUACUCCGCCGCCACGGGGGAGACCCUCGCCGUCAAGUCCACGCCCAAGGCGCCGCUCCGGGACAAGUCCGACCAGCUCGACCUGGCCCUAGCCGAGCAGGAGCCCAAGGUGCACCUCCUCGCCUCGGCGCCGCCCUGCAGCGCGCACGUGGUCGCGCUCCACGCCGCCUUCGAGGACGCCCACGCCGUCCACCUCGUCAUCGACCUCUGCGACGGCGGGGACCUCUUCUCCCUCAUCUCCGCUCGCGGCCGCCUCCCCGAGCACGAGGCCGCCGGGAUCGCGGCCCAGCUUGCCUCUGCGCUCGCGGCCUGCCACCGCCGCGGAGUCGCGCACCGGGACGUCAAGCCCGACAACCUCCUCUUCGACGCCGCCACGGGCGCGCUCAAGCUCGGCGACUUCGGCUCCGCGGAGUGGUUCGGGGACGGGCGAGCGAUGGCGGGGCUGGUCGGCACGCCCUACUACGUGGCCCCCGAGGUGGUCGCCGGGAGGGAGUACGGCGAGAAGGUGGACGUGUGGAGCGCCGGGGUGGUCCUCUACAUGAUGCUCUCCGGUACCGUCCCCUUCUACGGCGCCACCGCGCCCGAGAUCUUCGCCGCCGUGCUCCGCGGCACCCUGCGCUUCCCGCCGCGCGCGUUCGCGAACGUCUCGCCCGAGGCCAAGGACCUCCUGCGCCGCAUGCUCUGCAGGGACGUCUCCCGGAGGCUCUCCGCCGAGCAGGUCCUGAGGCAUCCAUGGAUUGUGAGCCGUGGGGGGAAUGCAGUGGCGGACUGAAACUGAAGAACACGCAUGCGCUCCACCUGAUAAAUCUCUUUCCAUGUUAAUUUCUUCUUACCGGGUAUGGAGAGUGGCGGUGCCGGAGUUUGGUAGAAAUAGUGCUAGUAUCUCCGUGAUCCUUUAGGUCGGAUCUCUCUCGUGAAGCUUGAAUUGCAGAAGCUUGCACCUGAGGUCUGUUCGUCAUAUUUGCUCUGAAUCUUCAGUCCUUGUGCAGCCUUGUUCGGUUUUUCUAGCUGAAGAAGUUAGGGGUUUGUAGGCAGACUUUGUUCAGGUGAAAAUGGAACAGAGAAUCUGGAUGUUUUUGCACAGUUCA